CCCACGUUCUUUCAGUUUCAGACUUCACAGGGAGUCUCUUCUAACCAUUUAAGCGAGCUUUUUGGAUUCAUCACUCAAACACAGCAACAACAGAGACUCACUCUUUGAUCGACACCGCUGGUUCUAGGGGACGAGAUUCCGGUGCUUGAGCAACCGGAAUUUCGUGAUAUUGAGUCUGAGUUUGAUUCUCCGACGACGAGCUCUGGCAAAGUUUUUAGACGCCAUGAACUCGGAAUCUGUAAAGGUUUCUGCUUUGGAUCUAAUGUCAGCAUUUCUGAAGAGGAACUCGGAUCCAUCGAACGUGUCGACGACUUCGGGAGAGGCGAUUUUGAUUGAGAAUAAGGAGUUUCUGAUGAUAUUGACGACCUCGAUCGCUGUCUUGAUUGGAUGUGUGUUUGUCUUCGUUUGGCGGAGGUCGUCUGGGCAGAAAGAGAGCAAGGGUGUUGAAGCGCCGAAGCCGGUGAUCGUGAAAGAGCCGGAGCCGGAGGUUGAUGACGGGACGAAGAAGGUUACGAUCUUUUUUGGCACUCAGACUGGUACUUCUGAGGGAUUUGCUAAGGCACUUGCUGAGGAAGCAAAAGCACGUUACGAAAAAGCAACCUUUAAAGUAGUUGAUUUGGAUGACUAUGCAGCUGAUGAUGAUGAAUACGAGGAGAAAAUGAAGAAAGAAACUUUAGCAUUCUUCUUUUUAGCAACAUAUGGUGAUGGUGAACCCACUGAUAACGCUGCUAGAUUCUACAAGUGGUUUACUGAGGGAAAAGAGCGGGGAACCUGGCUUGAGAAACUUACUUUCGGAGUGUUUGGUCUCGGUAACAGGCAAUAUGAGCAUUUCAAUAAGGUGGCAAAGGUUGUGGAUGAGCUCCUUGCUGAACAGGGUGGGAAACGACUUGUCCCUGUGGGUCUUGGAGAUGAUGAUCAGUGUAUUGAAGAUGACUUUGCAGCAUGGCGAGAAUUGUUAUGGCCUGAGUUGGAUCAGCUGCUGAGGGAUGAGGAUGAUACAACUGUUUCCACUCCUUACACUGCUGCUGUUCCAGAGUACCGGGUCAUAUUUUAUGAUCCUGCAGAUGUUCCAGUAAAAGGCAAUAACUGGAGUAAUGCAAAUGGUCAUGCUGUACAUGAUAUUCAACAUCCAUGCAGGUCUAAUGUGGUUGUGCGGAGAGAACUUCACACACCAGAAUCUGAUCGUUCUUGCACUCAUCUUGAAUUUGACAUUUCAGGCACUGGAUUAUCGUAUGAAACAGGAGAUCAUGUUGGUGUGUACUCUGAGAAUUGUAUUGAAACUGUGGAGGAAGCUGAGAGGUUGUUAGAUUAUGCUGGGGACACUUUCUUCUCCAUUCAUACUGACAAAGAGGAUGGAACACCAAUUAGUGGAAGCUCCUUGCCACCUCCCUUCCCAUCUCCUUGCACUUUAAGAAUAGCUCUAACUCGAUAUGCAGAUCUUUUAAAUUCUCCAAAAAAGGCUGCUUUAUUGGCUUUAGCUGCUCAUGCUUCUGAUCAAAGUGAGGCUGAUCGAUUAAGAUUCCUUGCAUCUCCUGCUGGAAAGGAUGAAUAUGCACAGUGGGUAAUUGCAAGUCAGAGAAGUCUUCUUGAAGUCAUGAAUGAAUUUCCAUCAGCUAAACCUCCUCUUGGAGUGUUUUUUGCAGCAAUAGCUCCUCGCUUGCAGCCAAGAUACUAUUCUAUCUCAUCCUCCCCAAGGAUGGCACCAUCUAGAAUUCAUGUUACAUGUGCCUUAGUGUAUGAAAAGACACCAGUGGGAAGGAUUCACAAAGGAGUCUGCUCAACUUGGAUUAAGAAUUCAGUGCCUUUGGAGGAAAGCCAUGAUUGCAGUUGGGCGCCUAUUUUUGUGAGACAAUCCAACUUCAAACUGCCCAGAGAUACUUCACUGCCAAUUAUCAUGAUUGGCCCUGGCACAGGGUUGGCUCCUUUUCGGGGAUUCCUUCAGGAAAGGGCUGCUCUGAAGGAAGCUGGAGCAGAACUAGGACCUGCAGUCCUCUUCUUUGGAUGCAGAAACCGCAAAAUGGACUACAUCUAUGAAGAGGAAUUGAAUGGAUUUGUUGCUUCUGGUGCAAUGUCUGAACUUGUUAUUGCUUUCUCACGAGAGGGACCUACCAAAGAAUAUGUGCAGCAUAAAAUGAUGGAAAAGGCAUCGGAUGUUUGGAACAUGAUCUCAAAUGGUGGUUAUAUUUAUGUCUGUGGUGAUGCCAAAGGGAUGGCUAGGGACGUCCACCGCACACUCCACACCAUUGUCCAACAACAGGGAUCUCUGGACAGCUCCAAGGCCGAGAGCAUGGUGAAGAAUCUGCAAAUGGAAGGAAGGUAUCUCCGUGAUGUAUGGUGAUUCAUCUAUUACAAUAAUCCCACAAAAAAAAAAAAAAAAAAAAGGGGGAAAGCGGGCAAUCUACCGCAUAGAAGCAAGUUUUCAUAUAGACGGAGGCGGCUAAUCUCCCCACGCCACCUCCAACGCUGUUCUCUGUUAAAAACAGGAAAGCACAAUUUGUUGUAUUGGUCAAUUAUGUAAUUCGUUUUUUCUCCUAACAAGGAUUUUGUUCAUGUAAUUUAUAUAUAUAAAUAAAUAAAUAAACAAUAAUAUUUGUUA